AUGGUAAUAUAUUGGCUCACGCGAGAAAAACACCGAAGCCUUACCGAGCGCAUCCAUGACCUCAUCGCCAGUCGACACUCACAAGCAGGGGACCCCCCAGGAUCCGAACCGUACACCCUCUACAUCGGCAGACCAAAAGAGUCAAGGCCCAUAGCCGAAGGCGACUUCAUACUAAUCCUACACGGCUCAAAGAGCAAGAGCUGCGAAUGGAUUUACAAGUACUUACACAGCCAAGAUAGGUGGAAGACCACGCGGACUCUUCGACGGGCUAAAGAAUCGCACCUGCGAUGCGAUUUAUCGACAAAGAUCACGAAAGUAGGGAUUAUCAAGGCCGGGGAUCGGGUGAGCUUCGAGGCAGCGAUCCGGGAUGCUGAGGAGAUGGGUGCUGUGGACGGGACUCUGGAGGAUGGGGAGUUGGGUCCGGGCAAGGGCUUUGCUGUUCGUGUUCUCCUCUGUUGUCGUCGGCGUGAUAUACUCUCGUGGGAUGAUGUGAAGAAGACGCUGCAGAGGUUUGGGGUCAAGGAUGGUGGGCAGCUUUAUAUGAUCUAG